AUGGCUAACAGCGAUGAAGUGUCGAUUCUAGCUAUCAUCAGCCCCAAACGGGGCAGAAUCGAUGAAGUACUCGAAUUGAUCAAAGACCCCCUUGUCGCGGGAGUAAAGGCGAUUGAACCAGAUUGUAUCUCUUUUCAUGCAAAUCGGGCGACAGACGAGCAUCCCGACGAAGAGGAAAUAUUUAUGAUUGAGAGAUUUGUGAAUUCCGAUGCGAUUGCGUUUCAUCAAAAAAAUCCCGCGUUCUUGGCUUUUGCCAAGGCUUUGGAGGAGAAAGAGCUACUACGGAAGCCCCUGUACAUCAAGAUCGUGAAACCCGUGGCAGGAUUUCUCAGAAACUAG